AGCAACUUUUUUUUUGCACCAUUCCUACCAACAGCAGCUUCAAGUAUUGGAUUGUACAAUUUAAACUACGGACCCAAGGAAGAAUAGCUUCUGCUAAUGGGGAUCCAAACCUGAUGUAACAACAAUGGUUCCAGGGACAGAGAAAUAAUACCUUCGAACUAUGUUUGAGAGCCACACGUGCAAGAGGUGGUGAGGACCCCCUCAGUGACGGAGAGGGAUCAGCUGUAGUGACGCUGUUUGAAGCAUCGCUGCCACACCCUCAACCUCAGAGUGCAGCAGCAGCAGCAGCAGCAGCAGGAGCAGCAUGAUGCGAGUCGCCCUGCACAUCUUGGCUCUCAUUGCAGUCUGCCAUGGGAUUCUUCCUGAGAUAGUGAACUCGGGGAUCAAUCAUAUCCUGGAGGAUAAUUCCGCCUUAGGACAAAAUGAGCUGGACCGCAUGUUUGUGGAAGUGGAGCAGCUGCCUGGGGAUCCGCAGCAGAAGCCUGAGGAUGCGUUUCACCAAAUGAAUGAUAGUGUCAGCCCUCAUCCCAAUGACCUUCCUCCAAGACCUCCCAAUGAAACUUCCUCUGAUAAAGUGAUUGACAGUGACUCAGUCCACACCUCAGUAGAGCAGGAGACAAACAACAUAACAACAGCAGAACAGUCCAGUGAGCUGGGGAACAGUAUCGAUAAUGCACAGUCAUACGAUCCAGGUUGCAUCACCGAUGAGGACUGUGGAAAAGGAAGGUAUUGCCUUCCUGACACUAAAAACCCAAGGUGUCUGCCUUGCAAAGCUAUCGAUGUGCCUUGUACUAAAGAUGAGGAGUGCUGUGGUGAGCAGCUGUGUAUGUGGGGUCAGUGCAGUCAAAAUGCAACUAAAGGAGAAGCUGGCAGCACCUGUAAACACCAGACUGACUGCAGCCCCGACCUCUGCUGUGCGUUCCAUAAAGCCCUGCUCUCCCCCAUCUGCUCUGCCAAGCCCAUCGAUCGUGAACGCUGCUUUGGCGCCUCCAACCACCUGAUGGCACUGUUGUCUUGGGACAUCCAGGACGAGGGGCCCAGGAAACAUUGCCCCUGUGCAGGAGAUCUCCAUUGUCAGCAUCUGGGGCGAGGGUCCAUGUGCCUCAAAGGAGAGGACUCAAGUGAAGAGGACCUGACGGACUCUCUAUACUCAGAGAUAGACUACAUCAUCUAGGCACAGUGAAGUUAUAAUCCAAAUGCUCUGUAAACAAAUAAUCAUGAGUCCUGUCUGACUACAAAGCCAAGAGUUGAAGCACUUUAUGUUUGCAAGCUUAAUCCAAAGUGGUAAAGAUAUACAGCAUGUAUAACAGAUCAAAUAUAUUUAUUUUACUUGCCUGAACUGGAACCUAAGACUUACUUCAUGAAAAGACCUCUAAAUGUAGAUAUACAACACAUACAGGAAACACUAUAUUUGAGAAAUCCUCUGUUGAUACCUAACACUUGGUUCUUGACUUCAUGCUGCAUCUCUAUAUUAAGUACAUUGACCUUUAUUCUAGCACUAAUAACAGCCAUCUUAUUUAAAGUCAUCUAAUCAGGCAGAUACUACUUUCCUUCACAACUAUACUGAGCAGCUUUUGCCUUGUUUCCAGAUCUGUCCUUGGAGUCAGUAUGGUUUAUUAUUCACUGGCUCAAACAUGUUUUAAGUAUUUCUUACUUCCCGUUAUUGUGAAACAGCUAAGUGAUACAAAACAAAGAUCUUAAAGCAUGACAUUUGUCCUCAGCACCUUAUAUUUCUCCCUGUUGUGUUUGCUCUUUGUCUUUAUGUACAGCAUUGUCCCUUAAAGUGCAAUACUGAUGCAAGCAAUACCUGAUGAAUAUGUAAAUAUAAAUGUAUACUUUUGCCCGAUGUGCAAUAACACAACCUUAGCACUGUUCUCAUGCACUUGAACAUGUACUCAUAGAAGUCUUGCUUUUAGAAAAUAAAGUUUUUUAACACCGA